ACAGCGCCAACUUUAGUGAAACCGUUUCGUUUCUUGUGUUGGGUUGAAGAUGAAGUGAUUUUGAAAGUAAUACCAGUAUUAAACUGUCUCUUCGACACAUGAGAACAAGAAGUUUUGUAUCUCACGAAGUUUUCCCAUCGUGAAACAACAUUGUGGUGGCAACUGUGGCGCAUUUUUAUUUACAGUUCCUGACGUAAUAUUUCAAGUGUGCGCGCGCGCGUACAAUCAUGAGCCAAACCCCAGUGUCGUGUAUUCCUGCUGCCGGGAAGAUGGCAAAAGCAAAGAAGGUCCUCGAUGAAGCUCGAGAAAUUCAAAAUCCCGAGUUGGAUCUCGCUGACAAGGGAAUUUCCAGCUUUGACGAGAUGCCAGGAUUGUUUAAUAUGCAAAACAUUACUCGUGUAACUCUCAGUCACAAUAAAUUGCAAGCUGUUCCUCAGGCGAUAUCCUAUCUUGUAAAUCUGGAAAUUCUUAAUUUAUUCAACAAUCACAUUAUGGAACUACCCAUGACUCUUUCACAAUUACCAAAAUUAAGGAUUUUAAAUAUAGGAAUGAACAGGCUAAAUGAACUGCCGCGAGGAUUUGGUGCCUUUCCAGUUUUGGAAGUUUUAAAUUUAACGUACAAUAAUUUAAAUGAAAAAAAAUUACCUGGAAAUUUUUUCAUGAUGGAUACGUUGCGAGCACUCUAUUUGGCGGACAAUGAUUUCGAGUAUUUAUCACCAGAUAUUAAACAACUGCGAAAUCUGCAAAUACUUGUUUUGAGAGAUAAUGACCUUAUAGAAUUGCCAAAGGAAAUUGGAGAACUAAGUCGACUUCGAGAACUACACAUUCAGGGAAAUCGUUUAACUGUUCUUCCACCGGAAAUUGGAAACUUGGACUUGGUCAGCAAUAAAGCUGUUUUUAGAAUGGAAUACAAUCCCUGGGUAACGCCAAUUGGCGAUCAACUACAAGUUGGUGUUUCUCACGUUAUAGAUUAUAUUCGCUCCGAGACAUAUAAAUACGUUUACAGCAGACAUCAAGCAGCAAAAGGUCCACCUCCACCAAUAGAAAAUGAUAAAACUAAAAAAAUCUCACGUCUUCGUUGAAUAAUAAUACUUAAAAAAAUAUAAUUAUUCACACUGCCAAUACUCACAAAAACUGAAGGCAAACAUUUUUAACAAAUAGUCAUAAUUAUGACAAUUAUCAAACAAAAAUUAACAUGUGCCUUAGUUUCUGUUGUAUCUUCAAAAAUCAGUAUUUUUAUUUGGAAUUAAAAAAGAAGUUUUUUUAUACUAAUUCCAAAUUAAUAACUGAUUUAUAUUUUUUAAUACAAAACAAAUAGUCUUCCUAAAGACCAAUGUUGUAAUCUAGACUGGAAUUUGAUACUGACA